AGCGGAGGGUAUGUACGCGCUUCGCGCCUGUUGCAAAAUUCAGUGCCGCUGUUUCGUUCGUGACGAAAGGAUGUACGCCCGGUUGUAGGCUGUACAUACAUACCAUCGAACGCAUAUACAUAUAUAUACGCAUAGGCAUGCACAGCUUCGACAUGCACACACACAUGUAUGCGGAUAAUACGCCAAAGAGCAAUGAGUAUGAGGAGCUGUCGCAACUGUUAAAGUCUUGGAACGUCAGCGAGCUGUUGCCAUAUUUGCAAGAAGAGGCAAUCAAUACGCAAGAGCUGCAGAUGCUGAAGCGUCAUCAUAUGAACGAGCUGCUGCGCAACUUUCGUUACGGCACGCGAAUUCGUUUUGAACAUCAUUUGGAGCGUUGGCGUCGCUGGCUCAAUGUACCGUUGCAGGACGAGCAGAAUUGCGGUGCUGGCAGCAGCACCAGCGCCGCUGGCAGCGGCAGCGUUCAUUGCAGCGGCUGCAACUGCUCGACGAACUUAGCGAAGAGUCAUUCCAAGAGCAAUUUGGGCGAUGAGAGAGCAAAGCAAUUGCCCUCCGAGCCGUUCGUUUCGCUCAAUGAGAUGACGGAUGGGGGGACGUUUAAUGUGCCGUUACCCCUGGGCGAUCACAGUGAACUAGCUCACACGGAACUGGUGACAGCGGAUCUGAUCAAGCCGGAAAUAAUGACCGAUGCGGAUGGCAGCGAGGAGAGCGGUGUAACGGUGCUCUCCAUUUUGCAAGCGUCGCCCGUCAAGGCUCAAUCGCUGCUCGAAAGAAUCGGACAAAAUGAACAGCUGGAUGCGGUGCAGCGUUUGCUCUUGAUCCAGCUCAUUUGCAGCUACUACGAGGAUAAUCGAUUGCAUUUGACCUUGCAACGAAGUCAUCUACUUGAGCGUGAGAUCCUCCAGCUCUAUCCCAAGGAGCAGUUGUGCUUUUAUCGCACUGAGCGCAGAGGAAAGAUCUAUGUGAGGUUUACGAAUAUGAAGCGGAACAAACGUUUCGGCACUCUGCGGGAGCAGAAGCGACGGCGGGAGGAGUCGAUGGCACCGCCCGUUUCGUAUGCCCCCAAGGAGGUGACCUUCGGCGGUGAUCCCAUGUCCAGCCCCGAGAGAUCGGAUUGAUUAAUGGCUAUAAGCUAAGCUUACUCAUAAGUCAAUUAGUUCUUAACUAUUUUAACUUAACUUAAAGUUUCCUAUGAGCACAAUAAGU